CUGCAUCUAUUGGGUUAGUGUUUAGACUGGCUUGAAUUUGAUUUUCAUUCCUUUACUAUUCAUCCAGCAGAGAUGCGUCAAUUCAGUUGUUUCCCUGUCCUUGCAGCAGGCAUAACCUUCGUUUCCCACGUCCAUGGCUUGGUCUCCAACUCCUCCAUCAACUCCCAGACGCGCAUUGCAUAUGCUGGCAGUACUGGCAUGACAGUUUCAUGGAACACUUUCUCUAAAAUCGAUCGUCCUACCGUGCUCUACGGAGAGUCACCCUUCGCGUUGACGAACUGGGCUACGUCGGACGUCUCCGUCACGUAUAACACCUCCUUGACAUACAACAACCAUGUCAAGAUCACGGGACUCAAACCUGAUACCUGGUACUAUUACUUGCCAACGUCCUUGAUGAAGAACGAUACAUCAGCUGGCCCAUAUAAGUUCAAGACGAGCAAGCCGGCUGGUGACUUUGAUCCAUAUUCGAUAGCUGUCGUCGUUGAUAUGGGGACGAUGGGACCCGAGGGUUUAUACACGUCCGCUGGAAAAGGAGUCUCCCCGAACAACAUUCUUGCUCCCGGAGAGAACAACACAAUCCAGUCCUUGACGGCCGCUGUUCACGACUUUGAAUUCCUGUGGCAUCCUGGAGAUCUUGCCUACGCGGACUACUGGCUAAAGGAGGAGAUCCAAGGAUUCGAACCAAACACCACAAUUGAGGACGGUUAUAAAGUCUACGAGUCCAUUCUCAAUGAAUUCUAUGACGAGAUGACUCCAAUCACGACCUCCAAACCGUGGAUGGUUGGUCCUGGAAACCAUGAAGCCAACUGUGACAAUGGCGGCACUGGGGGCUACACUGCAAGCAUCUGUAUGCCCGGCCAAACCAACUUCACCGGAUUCAUUAACCAUUUUCGUAUGCCCAGCGACGAGUCUGGUGGAGUUGGGAACUUCUGGUACUCAUUCGAUUACGGAAUGACGCAUUUUGUGCAGUACGAUACAGAGACAGAUCUUGGGCAUGGACUUAUCGCUCCAGACUCUCCGGAAGGGGGAUCUGAGGACUCUGGCCCCUUCGCCGUCGCCGAUGCUCAGGCCAAAUGGAUCGCUGCUGAUCUUGCCAAGGUCGAUCGUUCCAAGACCCCUUGGGUAGUUGUUGCUGGCCACCGACCUUGGUACUCGUCAGGAUCUAUCUGCACUGCUUGCCAGGAGGCCUUCGAGUCUGUGUUCAUCCAAAACAAUGUCGACUUGGUCUUGAGUGGACAUUUCCAUGUCUACGAGAGAAAUGCUCCCAUCAAGAACGGCACCAUCGAUCCUAACGAAUUGAACAACCCCUCUUCACCGUGGUAUAUUACCAAUGGCGCAGCUGGACAUUACGAUGGUCUCGAUAGCUUUACAUACCCGCUACAACCUUACCAUCGCUACGGUCUCUCGACCGACGACGGUAUCUACGGAUGGAGCAAGCUCACCUUCCACAACUGCACUCACCUGACGCACGAGUUCAUCAACAGCGCCAACGGCAGCGUUUUGGACACCGCCACCCUCUAUAGGGAUCAUGAAUGUGGCCGUCGUCUUUGGCCUAAGGGUGAGAGUAACUGAGCGGUGGCCCUGUCAAAACCAAAAUCGAAGAGUAUUAAAUAAAAUUAAAGAUACCUAGGUG